AUGACCGAUCUCGUUUUUGAAAAUGUCCGUCUGAUCGACCCGGAGGCAGGAACCGCUCUUUCCGGCCGCUUGCUUGUCAAAGACGGGCGUAUUGCCGGUCGCGACAAGGCUGGCGCCGAAGGCAAGCCGGAAAACGCCCGGGUCAUCGACGGCACGGGCGCUGUUCUGUCUCCCGGCCUGGUGGAUAUGCGUGUGGCCAUCGGCGAACCGGGCUUCGAAUAUCGCGAAACCAUCGCCUCCUGCGCACGCGCCGCCGUCUCAGGCGGUGUAACGACCCUUGCCGCCCUGCCGAACUCCAAACCCGCCAUCGACGAACCCGCCCUCGUGCGUCUGCUGCGAGGGCGUGGCGAAGAAACCGGUCUGGUCAGCAUCCUGCCCUAUGGCGCGCUGACGAAGGGCUGCAACGGCGAGGAAAUGGCUGAACUCGGCAUGUUGCGCGAGGCGGGGGCUGUGGCCUUCACCGAUGGCAUUCGCGCCAUCGCUGACACCAAGCGCAUGCGCCAGCUUCUGGCUUACGCCAAGGGCAUCGACGCCCUUGUGGUGCAGCACCCUGAAGACCCCUCCCUUGCCAAGGGGGGCACGGCCACGGCCGGGGCGCUCGCGACACGUAUGGGUCUGGCCCAGAUUCCGGCAGCAGCCGAGGCCAUUCUGAUCGCACGCGAUAUCCGCCUCGCCGAGAUGACGGGCGCAAGACUGCAUUUCGGUCAUGUCUCGACGGGCGAAGGUCUGGCCCUGAUCCGUCAGGCCAAGGCGCGCGGACUGGCCAUCACCUGCGACACGGCCCCUCCCUAUUUCGCGCUCAAUGAAGAGGCGAUCGGCGAAUUUCGUACCUAUGCCAAGCUCUCCCCGCCUUUGCGUGCAGAAGAGGAUCGCCUCGCCGUCUGCGCGGCGCUGGCGGAUGGGACGAUCGACGCCAUCGCCUCCGACCACGCGCCUUGGGAUGCCGACGACAAGCGCCUGCCCUUCGCUCAGGCCAGUGCUGGCGGAACGGGUCUGACCACCUUGCUCGGUGUCGGGCUCUCUCUCGUGCAUGAGGGCACGCUGACCCUGCCACAGCUAAUCGCCCUGAUCACGCGCAACCCCGCGCGCCUGUUGGGCAGCGAAGCCGGAACGCUGCUCGACGGCGCCAGCGCCGAUCUGUGCCUGUUCGAUCCCGAUGCCGAAUGGGUGGUCGAGGCGGGCGCGCAGCCCGGGCGUGCCCAGAAUACUCCGUUCGAUGGCCGCCGCCUCAAGGGGCGGGUUCUGGGCACAUGGAAGAACGGCGUGGCUGUUUUCGGUGGUGAGGCGGCAUGA